GUACAUGUGAUGAUCAGAGCAGAGAGACGUCGACAUGGACAUGGAUCCCCUGCUGCUGCUGCUGAUGCUGUGGAGCUCAGGACUCCAGGCUGAAGUGAAACACAAUUCAACAGAGUUUGUGAGGUUGGUGGGAGGAGCCAGUCGUUGUGCAGGUAUACUGGAAGUGAAAAUAGGAGAAUGGAGACCAGUGGAGGGACUUCAUUGGGCCCUGAAGGAAGCAGCUGUUGCCUGUGAACAGCUGGACUGUGGCUCUGCUCUUGCUAUAAAAGAUAGGCAGUCCUCAUACACACCUGUGUGGAGGAUACCAUUGGACGUUGUUGGGAAUGGAUCCCCUCUGACGGAGUUUGCAAGUUCAGCUAUCUCUGGCUACACUUUAGAUCUCACAUGCUCAGACUCUGUGAGGCUGCUGAAUGGGACCAGUCUGUGUUCAGGCAGACUGGAGGUCAACUACAACCAGUCUAACCAGUCCAAGCAGAGCUGGACCUCCGUGUGUGAAGAUGAUUUUGACCAGCAGGAUGCAGAGGUGGUCUGUAGGGAGAUUGGCUGCGGGCCUCCCUCAGCCCUCCAGGGGGCGCUCUAUGGAGAUGUGGGGGCUCCAGUGUGGAGCAAAGAGUUCCAGUGUGAAGGCCAUGAGUCUGCUCUCCUGGACUGUAGGAGCUCAAACUCUACUAGAAGCAGCUGCUCACCAGGCAAAGCUGUUGGACUCACCUGCUCAGAGCCUAUCAGGUUAGUGGAUGGAGCCAGUCGCUGUGCAGGUACACUGGAAGUCAAAAUAGGAGAGUGGAGACCAGUGCAUACAUUCCGCAUGACCCUGAAGCAAGCAGCUUCUAUUUGCAAACAUCUGAACUGUGGCCCUCGUGCUUCUUUAAAAGAGAAGCCCACAGAAAGACCUCUGUGGGCUCCCAGACUUUACUGUGAAAUUACUUAUUUUUCAGCGAUGGGGUGUUUAAAACAUGCAAUCAUUAUCAGUUCAUCAUGGGCUUUUCCUCCAGUCCUGGUGCUCACCUGCUCAGAUGAAUGGUGGCCAGCUCCAUAGUAGAUGGUAAAACUCUGGCCUGGUGGACUGUAACCUUGGUGUUGGUGCUGCUGAAGGACGGCUGGCUGAAGCAGAUGGAUCUCAGGGAGAAGAAGAGGCGCUCCAAUGAGCUCAUCUCACAGUCAGACACAUUUUCAGCUGACACACUAGCAACCAUUAGUUCAGUCAGAGAUUUAACUUUUUUUGCUUUAAACAGUCUUCAGCUGUAUUGAUUCUGCAUUCAAUGAGAUUCUAACUGAAUGCAUCAUGGGAAAUCUACAACAAUCUAUGCCUGUUAUAGCCUAACUAAGGGAGGAUUCAAACGGAGAAGGAAAGUUUUAAGUCUAAUCUUCAAUGUAGUGAGGGAGUGUAGAGGCCAAAUCCUUGCGUUGCGUUUGAAUGGUAUAUUUUUAUUUUCUUUGUACUGUCGAUUUUCACUUCAGUGGAUUAGUUGGGAGUAAUAAGGAUCAUUUUCUGCAGAAGCACAGGCUUAUAACCAGCUGUGUGUGAACGUUCAUCCUGUUAGGGUCAGUUAAUCCAUCCAGUGGAAAGAUAUCCUGAACAUGCUGAUCUCCCUGCGUGGUACACAGGACACAGCAGAUGGACUGCUUUUUACCCCCAUGAUUAAUAUUCACAAUGAAAAUAUUAGAUUAGAAUCCAGAAGUCUGUACAAUCUGUUUCAUAGUUUCUAACAAGUAUAAUCUCUUUUAAUAAAGAUUAUGUGUGUAUACACAG